AUGUCUCCCCCCACAGGACCCUUGUCAGCCAUCGACGCCACUGCACCCAGUAAACCCGAUGGCAUCACGGGUCAGUUGUGCACCUGGAUCACGAGCACCAAACUGUCAGAUAUCCCUGACCAUGUUGUCGAGCGGGCCAAAUACCUGAUCCUCGAUGGCGUUGCCUGCGCACUCGUGGCCGCGCAUCUCCCCUGGUCUGAGACCGCCGUCAAGGGCGUAUGUACCAUGGAGCCCGAGGGCGUCGGCCAAUGCACACUUAUCGGAUGGGGGAAGGACAAGAAAUUGCCCCCAGUGGCCGCGACCAUCCUGAACAGUACAUUUAUUCAGGGGUUCGAGCUGGACGACUACCACUCCACCGCGCCGCUACACUCGAAUGCCUUGUUGAUACCGGCGUUGCUGGCAUCGGUCGAAGCCGCACCCUCGAACUCUACUGAGGCGUCGCCGUCAUCAGGAGCCGAUUUCCUGCUCGCCUACAUCGUCGGCUGUGAGGUUGGACCACGGGUUGGACUGGCACUACACGGUGCCGACUUACUCAGCCGAGGCUGGCAUAGCGGCGCCCUCCAAGGCCCUUCAGCGACAGCGGCUGCCGUUGCCUCACUAGUUCGACUGUCAGGAGCACAGACGGAGUGGGCACUAGGCACGGCGUGCACCCAAACGGGAGGUCUCAUGUCCGCGCAGUUCGGGUCGAUGGCCAAACGAAUGCAACACGGCUUCGCCGCGCGCAACGGCCUGUUCGCAGCGUUCAUGGCCAAGCAGAACUACACGGGGAUCCAGGAAGUCUUCGAGGUCCCCUACGGCGGCUUCCUGAGCUGUUUCAGCCAAGGUGCGAGCUUCGAGCCGAAAUCUCUUCCUCAGGAGCUCAUCAGCGGACUCGGCUCGCGCUGGGAACUCGAAGGGAUCCGCGUCAAAUUACACGCCGCCAUGGCCGGCUUGCACGGGACGAUCGACACCGUGGCGGGCCUACAGCGCGCGCAUCCAGAGCUCUUCGCAGCGGAAAACCUGGCCAACAUCGUGAGUAUCGUGACGCAGCACGCCCGUCCGGCGUUCGAACACGGCGGGUGGAUCGCGGACCCGACGCAGCCGCUGUCCAGCGUCGCGGCCCAGAUGUCGAUCCAGUACGCGGCGGCCGCGCAGCUCGUCGACCGCCAGGUGUCGAUGGUGCAGUUUGGCGCGUCGCGGCUCAACCGGCCGCUGCUGCGCGAGCUGAUGGGCAAGACGACGCCGACGCACAACGCCGCCUUCGACGCGACCAAGACGUUGCGCUGGCGCACCGUCAUGACGGUCAAGUUCGCCGACGGCACCGAGGUGCAGGGCUCCGUCGAGGCGCCCCGCGGGAUCAUGCCGCCCGUCAGCAACGACGACAUUGUGCACAAGUGGCGCGAGUUGACGGCCGAUAUCCUUGACGAUAGCAGACGCCACGCCAUCGAGAAGUGUAUUCUCUCGCUAGAAAAGAUUUCCGACGUCAGAGACCUCGCGAACCUGCUGGAGGAGCCCGUCAGAUGUCCUAUCGACGUCUAA